AUGUCGCCAUCAAUAUCCUACAUUUCAGGCCAGCUUAGGCAGCUAAUAUAUUAUCAUCUCGAUAACAAUCUGUGCCGCAAUGCGCUGUUCCUCGCCGGUCGUUUACAUGCUUACGAGCCCCGAACGGCGGAAGCGUCAUAUUUACUUGCUCUCUGCCACCUUCACAACGGUCAAGUUAAAGCCGCGUACGAUUACAGCAGAAAUUUUGGAUCGAGAGGCACCCACCUCGGCUGCUCCUAUGUCUUCGCGCAAGCGUGCUUGGACCUAGGAAAGUAUCUGGAAGGUAUCACAGCGUUGGAGCGAAGUAAAGGCCUUUGGGCUUCCAAGAAUCACUGGAAUAAGCACAGUGAGACGCGAAGACAACACUUGCCGGAUGCGGCCGCAGUAUUGUGCCUGCUAGGUAAACUAUGGCAUGCGCACAAGGACAUCAAUAAAGCUGUAGAAUGCUAUGUUGAAUCUCUGAAGCUGAAUCCCUUCAUGUGGGAUGCGUUCCAAGGGCUGUGCGAUACCGGCGUCAAUGUCCGCGUGCCGAAUAUCUACAAGAUGAAUUCUGAAUUGCUGGCUGUAUUGUCGUCAUCACCGCAGGAGGACGCUGAGCCAAUAUCCGACAAGUCUGUACACACGAAUGGUCCACUGCAAGCGCAGGCGAAUGUCAAUCCGAGCUCCGAUCCUUUUGCAUCGACAACCUCUCGCAGUGAUUCAGGUACCAGCCAUGGGAGCUCUGCCUUGUGGGAAAAACUAAAUGGAAGCACAGUAAGCGUGGCGUCCUCGGGAGUGCCAGCAUCAAUCGUCCAUGAAGGGGCGGAAACGCCGAGUGGUCAAAGCAGCGGAUCUGAUGAGUUCCGGUUAGCCAACGGAAUGAACGGCGUGGAUGCUCCUUGGGACCCUCCUUUAGCUCCUGCACGGAAAAACAGAACGAUCCAGGCAAUCAGCGGCGAGUAUCCAAUGGAUCCCCCUCCCAAGAUGAAACCCACGGGGAUCCGACAAAGGACAAGAACCAGGACUGAGCCAGAGGAGCAAAUUCCAGCCCAGACAGACCGGGAGGCUACAAUUCCGCCCAGGGUCGGGGACCGCAAGCGAACUGUUUCCGGUCAGGUAGCGCAUCCACCCACAUCACAACCCACGGAACCAGGAGCACCCCAACGGCGGAGUGUGCGACUCUUCAACCAGAUUAAACCCACAACCAGCAAAUUGUCGGCAUCCGCAUUGGGAGUCAAGGAUGCUAGAGAGGUCAAGAAGGCGAAAGCCACGGGUACCAAAGGGCGUACUACAACCACCACCACCACCAUGGGACGAGUAGUGAGUGGCAGUCGAAAACAUGGCAGCGAACAUCAUGAUGCAGAUGGUAAAGACGGUCGGUCCUUACCAUCAUCACACACUCACGCCAUCUCCAAAGGCGCUGCACCUGAGAGGUCAAAAGAAAUUGAGGCGUUGACCUGGCUGCUGGAGCUAUUCUCCAAACUUGCUUCUGGAUUCUUUGCCUUGUGUCGCUACCGGUGCUCGGAGUCAAUUCAGAUCUUCAAUUCACUCUCUCAGGGCCAACGGGAAACACCGUGGGUUCUCGCUCAGAUUGGACGAGCGUAUUAUGAGCAGGCGAUGUAUUCUGAGGCCGAGAAGUACUUCUACCGCGUGAAGACCAUGGCACCCUCGCGCUUAGAAGACAUGGAGAUCUACUCGACCGUCCUUUGGCAUCUGAAGAACGAUGUUGAGUUAGCAUACUUGGCGCAUGAGUUGAUGGAAACAGAUCGCCUGUCGCCACAGGCGUGGUGCGCCAUCGGUAAUUCUUUCUCCCACCAGCGGGACCAUGACCAGGCUUUGAAGUGCUUUAAGCGGGCAACACAGCUGGAUCCCCAGUUUGCAUACGGGUUUACUCUUCAAGGACACGAGUACGUUGCCAACGAAGAAUACGACAAGGCGCUGGAUGCAUACCGUCACGGUAUCAGUGCUGAUAAUCGGCAUUACAACGCUUGGUACGGAUUGGGCACGGUCUACGACAAAAUGGGUAAACUGGACUUUGCCGAACAACACUUCCGGAAUGCGGCAAGCAUCAACCCGACCAACGCAGUUUUGAUCUGCUGUAUUGGUCUGGUACUGGAAAAAAUGAACAAUCCUAAAGCCGCUCUCGCGCAAUAUGGUCGCGCUUGUUCCUUGGCGCCUCAUUCAGUACUCGCGCGAUUCCGCAAGGCUCGCGCAUUAAUGAAGCUUCAGGAGCUCAAGUUGGCCCUGUCCGAGUUGAAGAUUCUCAAAGACAUGGCUCCAGAUGAAGCCAACGUGCAUUAUUUGUUGGGUAAGCUCUACAAGAUGCUUCACGACAAAGCGAAUGCCAUUAAGCACUUCACAACUGCUUUGAACUUGGAUCCUAAGGCAGCACAAUACAUCAAGGAUGCCAUGGAAUCUCUCGACGAUGACGAGGAGGAUGAUGAGGACAUGACCUGA